CUCGCCGCGAAAAAGGGGGAAAAGUUUUUUUUUUUCCGUAGCUCCGCCCUCCUCGUCGUCGUCCUCACUGAUCCGCCCCAGAUUUGGUGGUCUCCAGCGGGGUUCCCUUGCGAGAUGUUGAUCCCCUGGGGCGGAGUCGGGUGCUGCCUCAGCGCCGCGGCGCUGUAUCUCCUCGGGAGGAGCAGCGGCAGAGAUGCGGAGGUUCUGCGAUCGGUGGCGAGGGCUGGCAGCACGAAGGAUUUGGCUGCUAUAUUGGACACUGCAAGCAAGGUCCUGCCACUUGUAGUGGCUGUCUCUGGGCGAGUUGGUUCAGAUACACCACUUAUAUGCCAACAAAGUGGCAUGAGAGGUGUAAUUGUUGAGGAAACGGCAGAACAACACUUCCUAAAGCACAAUGAUGCUGGAUCAUGGAUUCAAGAUUCCGCCGUGAUGCUUUCUGUUAGCAAAGAGGUUCCGUGGUACCUGGAUGAUGGUACCGGCCGUGUUUUUGUUGUUGGAGCUCGUGGUGCAGCUGGGUUAGUUUUAACUGUUGCCAGUGAAGUUUUUGAGGAGUCAGGGCGAACACUUGUGCGUGGAACUCUAGAUUAUUUACAAGGGCUGAAGAUGCUUGGAGUCAAGCGAACUGAGCGGGUUCUUCCAACUGGAACUUCAUUGACUGUUGUUGGUGAGGCUAUUAAAGAUGAUGUUGGAACUAUCCGAAUUCAACGACCACACAAAGGACCAUUUUAUGUAUCCCCGAAAAGCAUUGAUCAACUUAUCAUGAAUCUCGGAAAAUGGGCUAAGUUAUACCAGCUUGCUUCCAUGGGAUUUGCAGCAUUCGGUGUCUUUCUUCUUGCAAAGCGUGCACUACAGCAUUUUCUUGAAAGAAAGCGUCGGCAUGAAUUACAGAAGAGGGUUCAUGCCGCUGCUGCACAAAGGCAAGCUAGAGAAGCUGAAGGGGGCAAUGGUACAUCAGAUGUAGAUUCUAGCAAUAAAAAGGAUCAAUUGGUCUUGGACAUAUGUGUCAUAUGCCUUGAACAGGAAUACAAUGCUGUUUUUGUGCCGUGUGGCCACAUGUGCUGCUGUAUGAACUGCUCUUCACAUUUGACAAAUUGUCCGCUUUGCCGGAGAAGAAUCGACCAAGCUGUGAGAACUUUCCGCCAUUGACAGCACUUAGAUGCAAAAUCUGGUACUCUAUACCACCAGGAUGAACCGCAUCUUUCAGAUCCACUUUAUUCUUCGAAUGUGGAUUGCUGUUCCCUGCGUCUGGCAUCUGAACUGCAGUACUGCACCAGAACAUGUUCAAGGAGCUACCGUUACUAACAGAGCAGUGGCAAUCGCAAACUCAUAAUAGGCUAUACUCUCAAGCCAUAAUGCCAAUAGCUGUUCUUGCCUGAGCGUACAAUGGCAUCCAGAAUGUUCUUGUGUAAAUGUGCAUUGGUUCUAACAACACGCUUACUUGACAACAUGGAUGUUAAUAUUUAUCUGUGUCCCGUGUAUUCUAAUUCUGCAUGUUAGGGAUGAACUUGUUUUAAUCCUUUUUUUUUUCCUGAUGAACGGUAUGUUUUUGUGUACUCAGUUUGGCCUGCUUGUAACACGUUAAGUUUCCUUGUUCCCAGGGAAACUUAAUUGUUUAUUGUGAAAAUUCGAUGAUA